AUGACCAGCGUGCGCCUUGCUUAUGUCUUCGUGGUGAUUUUCGCCGCCAUUAUCCACUCCAGUGACGUUGCAGUCUCUGCAAUGGAGAUUUCGGACACGGCCUUAACGGAGAAUGCGGAUGCCGGUCGUGAUUAUGUUCUGCAACGUCUGCGUGGUACUGAGAAAGAAGAGUUCGCCAACGAAGAAAGGAAUUUACCAGUAAUGAGUGGCUAUGUGGGAGAGGCCGAAAAGAUUAAGGGUUUUUUAUCCAUGAAUACCUUCACUAGUUUGCAGGAGAAGAUGGCAAAAAUUGGACAAGCGGAGACAAAAUCGGCGAACACCAUUAAAAAUCCGGGCGUGGUGGCAAAAUUUUUUCAGUGGCUGAUGCGUAAUCCCAAAGACCCGAGGACGAAGAGCUUUAUUCAAUUGCUUCGAAGAUUUUUCUUAAAAAAAUCGAAAACAACUGGCGAAGAGAAGAAAUUUUCUUCUAGUCUGCGAAAGGACGCUGGUACUGGCGUAGAGACGAAUGCUCCCGUUGAUGUGCCAGCUGGCAUUGGCAAAGAGACGAAUGCUCCCGUUGAUGUGCCAGCUGGCAUUGGCAAAGAGACGAAUGCUCCCGUUGAUGUGCCAGCUGGCAUUGGCAAAGAGACGAAUGCUCCCGUUGAUGUGCCAGCUGGCCUUGGCAAAAAGAAAACAGUUACUUGGACAGAAAAUAAGAUUCUCGGGCCAUCUCGAAAGUGA